GAAAGUGGGGUAGUUGACUUAAUCAAUCCAUCUCUUUUUACAUAGUCAGCACCUUGUGGGUGCGGCAGCUAUAGUCUGUAUCUUCGAAGUGCUGGCUAUCUUGAUACAUCAAUAGCUUGGUUGACUCGUGUGUUGAGAGUGCUAUUACCAGUCACUUCUUCCAUCUGAAUGGCCCUGCCCCAAGCUAUCAUUGAGCUCAAAAAUUCAUUUCUGCUAUGAUAAGAAUGAUUAACAAUAACAUUUUCACUUAUGAUUUCACUGUGUUUCUCACUAGUAAAUACUGACCUAUGGAUACAGGCAGGACAUCAGCCGCGACAGCUCACAACACCAUAUCCAGAAAUUGGCUCACCAUGCAUCCCUGGAGAUAUUACCAGCCACGCGAUUGGGCAGUAUUGCACCAUCUGCAAAGGAAUGAAGAUGCCCUGGGGCGGUUUCAUGCCAAUUUCCCGAUAUAAUAAAAUGCCAGUCUCCGUGGGGCGAAAAGGCACAAUCUUACAAGCCGUUCAAGUCGAAAAUUCUAAUGAGAUGAGAUUGGUCGCCAUGGCCACAUGGGCAAUUGUGGAAAACAGGUGGAAGGAGGCUGUCAGAAUUAAUCCCACAAUCGAGCAAGUACGGAUAAAAGCUGCUGCCCACGCUAUUGCAGAUAUUUGUUUUACAGCCAUGGCGUCAUCCGAAUCUCCAGACAGAGGCUUAGUGAGAUGGUGGAAUAUAUUGCAUGAAGCUCUAUUGAACCCCGACUGGACAGUAGCCAGAUUCAAAGCACGAUAUCGCAGACCUAAAAUAGUGCCAAAAGCCCCCGGAGUCGAUUCGAAAGCAAACGAUCCAAUCACCUCACCUAUUGCAGAUGACGAUCCAGAGGGGAAAGAUGAUGGCCUUGGAUAUGAUAACACAGACCCCAUAUUGAAGGGUGAAAAGCUUUUGUUCCUUAGUCGCGAUGGAGCCGAUGGGGACGAUGUAGACGAUGACAAUGAUAAUGAAUACGAGGAUGAAGUUGGAAGUUCAAAAACCAAACACGAAAUAUCUCCUUGGCAAUUUGUUCCUGGACAGGAUUUGAAGCCUGCUUGUUUGGCUACACCGGACACGUCAAAGUUUUUCAUGGUGCGUCAGCUUCGCAAGGACCCAAGUGUCACAAACGUCAGGGAGUAUCCACAUAUCGCUGGUUUUGAUUGGAAUGAUAAGCAGGCUAUCCAUUCCUUGAAUAGAGGAAGAAAUCAAUUCAUCCUACGGACCAAUGGGCCAAAGGUGCCGCCUCGAUUAGCAUGGUCGCAAGUUGAGAAGGAUCUUUUGAGACAUCAAGUGAUCAAGGGUCUUCAACAUGGCUACACAAAGCAUAAUAUGCCAUGGGAGCAAGUUGCCCACAACAUCAACGUCGACUUGGAAAAAGUAACACAAAAACAAGGUUCUGCACUUGCAAUACCAAGUAAAUGGAACACUGAGACGCAACGAAUAGAUUACAAAACCAAAAGAUGCUGCGAGAUCAAAAAAGAUAGAACCGGGUCCGAUCGAAAUGCAUCUGGUUGUAUGAACCAGGCUACCAAGUUUGGUGAUAUCGACCUAUUACUUCGAAACAGCAUAGAACAUCCCAGCAAGCGCAAGUCUAUAGACGAAAUGCUCAAGAUAAUUCAGGAUGCCCAUCAAGAUCCUCCCUCAUCUUUCGGGGCUAGCACGACUGCCUGUGCCGCGCGCAAUACUGAAAGGCAAGUAGUGGACAAGGAAGAACGUUCAGGUGUUGAAUCUUCUUCCACACGAAUCGAUAAGAUGCAGGUGGAUAGUGUUGAUGACUCUUCGGAUAAGGAGCCUCUCAUGAAGCGUAGAAAAUCAGAUCAAGCUUACGGCAAGAACCCCUCGGAGAAGAGUCAAUGAAAACAUCAAACCUGUACGACACUUUGCGGCCUUCAUUCGAUGGUCAUCUAGUUUCAUGUUGGAAUUUUCGCUACUCUUUCUGUUAUUCGUCCAGUCCUGAACAUCGCCAAUGACGGGACUGCCACACUAAGGACCUCGGAUCUUGAGCAAAUUCGACACAACAGCUUCCGUCGGAACGAUUUAGGGCUGUAUUCCUUUGGUCGAUAGGAUUGUGCUACUUUGGAAGACUUAAUUUGGUAUGAUAAGAUUGGUCUAAUGAUAAGAUAGUGCAGAUAUGUACAACACUGGGUUUAAUGGUAGUUGAGCGCGAUGGGGUUCUCCAUUGGGGUAUGCUUGAAUUUUCUCGUUGGAACUUGCAGAUGUAUGGUGCAGCAUAUGAGCAGUUGAAUCUCUGUUGUUCAUUGCGAAGGAUCGAUAUUGUAGGUAGUCUACAUUCAGAAAGAAAAUGUGGUUCAGACGGCCUUGAAGUCAAUGUUCGAAUUGAAGUGAACUAGCUCAUG